CAUGAGUAUAUAAACCAAGUGUGGCUCACCAUGGCAACGCAAGAGCGAAGCUCGCAAAGUGAGGCCACUCAAAAAACAAUCACUUCUUAGCUUGAUCCUUCUCAGCAAGAGAUCCAGGUUUUUAAGUUUUUAGCCUCUUAUUUUUGUUUUAUCGUAAAAGAAAAAAAGAAACAAUCACUUGCAAGUCUUUAGUUUUCUCCUCCCUGUUCUCUGGUUUUGGAAUUGAGACAGGCUCUACUUAUAAUUUGGAAAAGUUUUUUUCUUUUUGUUUGGGUUUUCUUAACUUGUUCUUCGCAUAUCGUAAAACAUGGGAACCGCUAUAGGCAUGUACAGCAACAACAACAUCGUACCGGAUUUCCUAGAUCCGUAUAGUGAAGAACUGAUGAAAGCACUUAUGCCUUUUAUGAAAAGUGAUUAUUUCUCUGCCUCUUCUUCUUCACGCGAAUCACACCCUUCUCCUCUUAUUCCAUCUAAUUCUCUCCCCUCCUCCAACCAAAUCAGGCUCAACCAACUCACCCAAGACCAAAUUCUCCAGAUUCAGGCCCAAAUCCACAUUCAGCAGCAGCACGUGGCCCAAGGCCAAGCCCACCUGGGCCCAAAACGCGUCCCUAUGAAACACGCCGGCACGGCCGCGAAAGCCGCGAAGCUCUACCGCGGGGUGCGGCAACGGCAUUGGGGCAAGUGGGUCGCCGAAAUCAGACUCCCCAAGAACCGCACGCGCCUCUGGCUCGGAACAUUCGACACCGCAGAGGAAGCAGCAUUAGCGUACGACAACGCUGCGUUUAAGCUCAGAGGCGAGUUCGCGCGUCUCAAUUUCCCUCAUCUACGACACCACGGAGCGUUUGUUUUCGGUGAGUUCGGAGAUUACAGACCUCUACCUUCUUCCGUGGAUUCGAAGCUGCAAGCUAUUUGCGAAAGCUUGGCGAAACAAGAGGAAAAGCCGUGUUGCUCUGUCGAAGACGUGAAGCCCGUGAUACACGCUGCUGAGCUGGCAGAGGUGGAGUCUGACGUGGCAAAAUUGAACGCUGAAUAUGUUUAUCCCGAGUUCGAGGAUUUUAAGGUCGAGAACGAGAACCCAAUGUUGUCCUCGUCUGUGUCUGGCGAAUCUUCUUCGCCUGAAUCUGGUGUUACUUUCUUGGAUUUCUCGGACUUCUCGGAUUCUAAUAAUCAGUGGGAUGAAAUGGAGAAUUUUGGGUUGGAGAAGUUCCCUUCUGUGGAGAUUGAUUGGGCGGCAAUAUGACUCGCUGAAUUUUCGUUACGUCAAAUGGUUGGUUUGGCUUUGCUCUGCUUUUGGGUUUAGUAUGUAUCUACUACUUAUUAUGUUUUGUAAUUUCUUAGGUUUAUGUUUCGGUAGUGUCUUUGGCUGCUUCUGCAAUGGAUUUUUUGACAUUUGCGGAUGUUUUGCUCAGACACGAGGGUUGCAAAUUUUAGGCAGUGAAAUCAGAGAGGGUCGUAGUGGUCUUUUUGUGGUCUGCUCGUGUUUUUUGUUACUUGCAUGACCGUGGGGACUUCUACUUGUGUGUCUUGGGUAGCUACUUCUUGUUCAACUGUAAUUGAAGUGCCCUUCCAAUAUAUGAAAAAUUUACAUGUUCUUGUAAAGUAUGGACUAUGGA